CGAGGUCUGGCUCCGCUUCCCUGCUCCCGCCCCGCGCUGGGGCGCGCGGAGGAGGAGAGGGGCGGGGCGUUGUGGCCGUUGGGCCUGGGUUGCUGGGUGGGCGCGGAGUAUAGCGUCUCCGGGCUGUCCGGAGCGCGGCGGGGUGGACCUGCCAGGUGCUGCGAGAAUGACGAUGACCCAGGCCGGAGCGAUGGUGGCGGCCGCCACGGGAGUCCUCGUCUUCUUCCUGUAUGCCUCCAUCCACAGGGUUGAGGAGGGGCACCUGGCCGUGUACUACAGGGGAGGUGCAUUGCUUACUAGUCCAGGUGGACCAGGCUACCACAUCAUGUUGCCCUUCAUCACCACGUUCAAAUCUGUGCAGACCACAUUGCAGACUGAUGAAGUGAAAAAUGUGCCUUGUGGGACUAGUGGCGGUGUUAUGAUCUACAUUGACCGAAUAGAAGUUGUGAAUAAAUUGGCACCACAUGCAGUGUACGAUAUUGUGAGAAAUUACACUGCAGACUAUGACAAGACCUUGAUCUUCAAUAAAAUUCACCAUGAGUUGAAUCAGUUCUGCAGUGCCCAUACUCUCCAGGAGGUUUACAUCGAGCUGUUUGAUCAGAUAGAUGAGAAUCUGAAGUUGGCCCUGCAAAAAGAUCUCAAUGUCAUGGCACCAGGUCUUACCAUCCAGGCUGUGCGUGUUACAAAACCCAAAAUCCCUGAAGCCAUCCGAAGAAAUUUUGAACUAAUGGAGGCUGAGAAGACCAAGCUCCUCAUUGCAGCCCAGAAGCAGAAGGUAGUAGAGAAGGAGGCAGAGACGGACCGGAAGAAAGCACUCAUUGAGGCGGAGAAGGCUGCUCAGGUGGCCAGGAUUCACUAUCAACAGAAGAUUAUGGAGAAGGAAACAGAGAAGCGAAUUUCUGAGAUUGAAGAUGCUGCAUUCCUAGCAAGAGAAAAGGCAAAGGCAGAUGCAGAGUACUACGCUGCUCAGAAGCUGGCUGACUCCAACAAGCUGAAACUUACCCCGGAGUAUCUGGAACUCAUGAAAUACCAGGCAAUAGCUGCAAACAGCAGGCUGUAUUUUGGUGACAGCAUCCCCAGUGUGUUUCUGGAUUCUUGUGCCUUCCAGCAAGCUGAUCUGAGGACUGCCCGAGAAACCAGCCUUUCUCCUCAGGAAUUCCAGGAGAGCCCUGCAGACAGCCACUUCAAAACAAAGGGAAAUACUGGCUGACAGAGGUGAAAAGGAACCCAUUGUAGCUCAGCAGCUCUCCCAGCUGUGAAUGGGGAUGUUGCCCCAUGUUGAUGGGGCAGAUGCAGCAUGUGCGUGGGCUCCUUGCCUAUAGUUGGCAGCUUGGUUGGCAGUUGGCUGAUUUUUCUUCUAGCAAUGAAUUGCAAGCACUCUGCUUCUCCUGAAUCUUCCCUAGUAAAUUGGUGCUUCCAAAUGAGGGAAUAUCCUGUACUAACAAACCUAUACUGGAAUAUUAAAGGACAGACACUAGGAAAGCCUUCCACAGUAGGUGCAAUUAGUUAGCAAGCAUUAUCCUUGAAGUAGGAGUUGUGGCUUUUGAGUGGUGUGUGGCUGCACACUGUUUCCCACUGCUCCUGGCUGAGGCCAAGCAAAGAGUUUGCCUUCGUCUUGCUUGAUACAGCUUUGCUUUGUGGAUUCCAUGUUUCUGUCGAUGUGAUGUAACUCUCUUCAAGGAUUCUGUGUUGGUCAGCAGGGGCUCCUGAUCCUCCUCUGGAAGAGACCCAGCAAGGAGUUUGGUGUGGUAUAGAUGAUUUAAAUAGGAUCUGCAUAGCCAUAAGCUUUUCCUUUCCUGUAGGCAGUAGAACUAGAUAAUGACUCAGAGGAAGCAGUCUCAAACAGAUUUCUGUAACACCCCAACUCCAAGCAAGAGCCCUGUGUUGGGUGCCUGUGGCUGGCUGCAGCUUGCUUUGCCUGGAUGACUGGGUCUUGUGUUGCACUGUAAGCCAGAAUUCAGAGUGCAUUGGAAAACGUCAGUUCAGCAGCUUGGGAAGAGGGGGUCCAGCGCUGUGAAAUCUGUGCUAAGACUGCUGCAUCCCUCUAGGUCUUUCACCAUGGAAAGGGUGCUGAAUUUCCACUGCUUUGCCCUGCUGCAAAGUGGAGAGAGAACAAAGAGCAAUGAGAGAUGCAAGACAUCCUUGGGGCAGAGGGCAGGAGUCAUUGUGUUAUCCUGCUCCUCAAACAUUCUGUUAAGGACCACAGUGAGGCAAAGAAUCAGUGCCUGAUGUAGCCUGCCCAAGCCCAGUGCUGCCAUGUGCUUGCCAUCCUGCUUUUGCAGUUUCCUCUGCUGUGCCACAGAUCCAAGUUUUGAUUCCUCAGCUGCAAAGCCAGGGAGACAUCACAAUUUCCAGUGAUGCAGCAAAGGUGAAUUUGUUCAUAUAAUCUGCUUUCCUCUUCUAAUAUCAUGCUCUCCUUUGCCCAUUUUUUCUGGGUUCUGUUUUUUGUGUUCUGUGACAAUCUCAGAAGAUGCUGGCAAGGACCUGGGCCUGAAAACCAUGCCCCAGCUUGCAUUGCUGCAGUAAUGCCUGCCUCUUAACCUGCUUCAGAGCUUGGCUCUCUUCUUUGUACUUUGGAUACCCAGAUGUUCAUCCUGCUUCCCUGUCCCUGGCACCAUCUUCCCUUAUGGCAAGGGGAAGAACUUGCUUAGUUUUUGCCUUGGUGGAGCAUUCAAACCAAAAUGAAUGGCUGGAACUUCACAUCUGCUAAUGAUUUCCCAGUCACUGUGUGCACAUCAGUCCUAUUUUCCCUAUCCUGCAUGGCAUGUUUGACUUAUAGGUCUGCGGUGUCUCUUUUUGAGGAAGUUCAGUAACAUACGGUGCCUUACUCUUUCUCAGCUCCUGCCUGGCUGCUUCUCCUCUAUCACUGGGGGAGAGCAGGGGUGUUUUGACCCUUUCCUUCCUCCGGCUGUCUGCAAACUCCAGUGCCCAGAUGGCAGCAUGUUUUGUAGUUGUGGUGAUUAAAAUGCUUCCUGGAAGUAUUCCUGGGUUUACAGGAUCCCUUUUUUCCUGUGGGAAGGGCUGUGAGGAGCAAGUGGAGCCACAUCCUUGGCCACCUAGCUCUCCUUGCUGUUGCUGGUUUGCAGCACUCACUUUACAGCAGGAACACAGCCUCUCCUUGUCCCACUAGCAGCCAUUUGGGUUGACUUCUGAGACAAAUGCAAGCUUUUUGAGAACGGAAGCACUUGGUGGUGUUACAGACUCGCCUAGGGCAGGGCAUCACCAUGUGCUGGCAUCAGGCCAUAGGUAGAUUAUGCCAAUCUGGAGAUGCCAAGGAGCAGGGGCAGCAAGGAAUCUCAAGAAGUAAUACCAAGGCAGCACAUAACAGGACCCUAUGGGGGGAGAAGGAAAGGUGCUGCAGGAAGUCUUGAGCCUUGGCCCUAGGCAGCAUUGUCAACCCAUCUCCUGCUGCUGCCCAGGUGGAGACUGUCACCUUGGCUAAACAUCAUCCUGAGGUCUGAAGUCCUGCAGCAGUGUUUGCGUGGGGCUUGGUGCCAUGUGCAGGAAUUUUUCCCAUCCUCAUCUGCUUGCCAUGCUGUCACUCCCAGCAUCCUGAGCAGAUGUGAGGAGUGAGGUGCUGCCUGUCUGCAGCUGGUAGCCUUGCCCUUGGCUCCUGGUCAGGGCUACAAGAGCAGAGGGAGUGUGGACGUAAUGGGGAACGUGGGUUUGAACUUGUUUUGCUCCAUUCUCUCUGCGUACUCUUGUGACUAGAGGGGUUUGCUACUGGAUCAGCAGCACCUUUUUAAAGGAAACAUGAUGCAUAUGUUCAAGUUUACAUGCACAGUGUUGUGUUAUUUUGAUAAAAACAGAAUAAAACUAUUUUGGUACCAUUUC